UGCUGAGUGCUUUGUAUAAAAGGCGCCAACCAUGUACACUCAAUUGCGUUCUUCAAUUGAAUUCCAUUGCAGAAGAAGAAGAACCAGCUAAUCUUCCUGUAGAUCCAUACCAGCAUGAUGAGAAUGAGAAGAUUAGAGGUUUUAGGGAUGGUGAUCAUUUGGAUUCAUGUAGUGAUGAAAGUUCAAGGGUUUAAUGUUGGAAUCACUUAUAUUCAGAGUGCUGUUGCAAAGGGAGCAGUUUAAGCAAAUUUGGAUUGCAGUUUGUUUGGAUGGAAGCCCACCUGCCUAUCACUUUGACAAAGGAUUUGGAACAGGGAUUAAUAACUGGCUGGUUCAUAUUGAGGGUGGAGGAUGGUGCAAUAAUGUAACAACAUGUCUAGCUCGUAAGAACACUCGUCUCGGUUCAUCAAAGCAAAUGGCGACUGAAAUACCUUUCUCCGGGAUCUUGAGUAAAAAUUUGUCAUAUAAUCCAGAUUUCUACAAUUGGAAUAGGAUCAAGGUUCGAUACUGCGAUGGCUCGUCGUUCACAGGGGAUGUUGAAGCUGUCAAUAGGGCCACAAACCUUCAUUUUCGCGGUGCCAGAGUUUUUGUUGCGGUUAUUGAGGAUUUAUUAGCAAAAGGAAUGAAGAAUGCUGAAAAUGCUAUUUUAUCUGGAUGUUCGGCUGGUGGAUUAACCUCGCUCCUGCAUUGCGAUAAAUUUCGCAAUCUUACUUCAUCAUCCACGAAUGUAAAAUGCAUUUCAGAUGCGGGUUACUUCAUCAAUGUGAGGGACAUUUCCUUGGUGCCAUACAUUCAAUACUUCUUUAAUGAUGUAGUCAUGACACAUGGAUCGAUAAAGAAUUUGCCCGUUUCAUGCACUUCAAAGAUGAUCCCGAGUUUCAAAUCGCUGUGCUUUUUCCCUCAGACAUUCGUUAAACAGAUUACAACUCCGUUUUUCUUGUUGAAUGCGGCCUAUGAUUCGUGGCAGAUAAAGAACAUAUUGGCACCUGGUGUUGCUGAUCCUAAUGGAACAUGGCAUAGCUGCAAACUUGACAUAACAAUGUGCUCUGCCACUCUACUCCAUACAAUGCAAGCCUUUAGGUUGCAUUUCUUGAGUACACUAAAUGGAGUGAGCAACCCUUCUAGGGGAUUAUUCAUCAAUUCUUGUUAUGCCCAUUGCCAAACUGAAAGGCAAGAAACAUGGUUGAGGAAUGACUCUCCCCAACUCGAUGGAAUGACAAUAGCCAAGGCUGUAGGUGAUUGGUACCAUGGCCGGAGAUAUAUCGAGAAAAAUGACUGUGCCUACCCUUGCGACAAGACUUGUCACAAUCGCGUUUUUGACACCAAUGGAAACACCCAUGGACUUGAAGAUACAUAAUAUUCUUUAUAGAAUUUAUACAUAGAGAAGUCUAUAAAAUUCAUAAAAUAAGUGAGGGAUCAUCAUUCAUCAAGUGUAUACAAAAUUGUAGUAAUUAUUCAUAAAAUUAUACUACAAAUAUAUAAAGUCUUAAGUGGGAUUUCAUGGAAUUUAUUUAUGUGGUC